AUGUUUCGGAGCUAUACUUAUGAACCCAAGUGCGGAGCUGGGUCGGCAUGGGCAGUGAAGCGGGCGUCCGAGUGGACCGCGGCAGUUGCAAGGGUAUUAUCAGGGUCGGGUAAGAAUGGAGAUGAGAAGGGUGGUGAGAAGGGAGGUGAGAAGGGUGAUGAGAAGGGUGAUGAGAAGGGUGAUGAGAAGGGUGAUGAGAAGGGUGAUGAGAAGGAAGGUGAGAAGGGAGGUGAGAUGGAAGGUGAGAAGGGUGAUGAGAAGGGUGAUGAGAAGGAAGGUGAGAAGGGAGGUGAGAUGGAAAGCGACGAGUCAGUGUUAUACACGUACUGCUGCCGUCCGAAUCCGGUGUUAUCUUUGCUUGAGCAAUACUCAAUUUAUCAGAGGUUGGGAGGAACGACGAAUCGUAAGAAGGUCGAGCGGAGCGGCAGGAACUGCGACGCAUGUUUUGGUAAGGAUCCCGAUGCGGCCAUUCUGCCAUGUGGUCACUUUUACCAUGAGUCCUGCCUUGUUGACACCCGGCCGUACAUUUGCCCCGUGUGCAAGUACCCAUCGGACGCUCAGUUCGCUCUUGGACGGAGGACAUGUGGACUCACCAUUGCCGAUUGCAACCUGCCCCAUAUCUUGAAAGAAACAAUGCCGGCUAUUGAGAACUUGUGCUCAUGGAUCGUGAGUUGGCCAGGGAGCAGGACAACCGCCCUCUUUGUAACUAACCUCACGCGGCUGAUCGGUGUCCCUCGUUUCGGCUUGAAGAGAUGCCAGCACUUCGACAAAAUGCUCACUUUCAACCAGUACUUCAUACAUCUAGAUGACCUCAAGGAAUACGUAGAACAACACUCAGACAAAUUCGUCCUCAUACGGGAGGUGAACUUCGUCUUUGUAGCCAACUCCGCUACAUGUAAAACUGGCCAGAAACUAAUUGACAGUGUGCGCCAAAUCGAACACUACACUCCAUUCAAGGGCUUCUAUUGCUUCUCAGAAGUGACACCCUGA